AUGCAUACAAUAUUAUAUGAUCAAAAUUCAUCAAUAGAUAUGAUGCAAAUGUCUGAAAGUUUAUCAUUAACAAAUACCAAUGAACCCUUAUCAUCAACAAUAGAAUAUAUAGACAUAAAUUUUGAUGAAAAAUAUCCAUUAGAUGAUUUUUUAUCACAUCAAAUACAUCGUCAUGAUGAUAUUCCAUCCUUAUUAGAUAAAAAGCGAAAAUCAUUAAUGUCUAUUUAUGAUAAUAAUCUACAACAAUCAACAACUAAUUUUCAUCCUUUAGUUGGUAUAAUUGGUCGAAGUAAACGUUCACAAGCAUUUACAAAACGUCUUUUAUUAUCAGGAUUUCCAAAACCUAUCUUAUGUGAUAUAAAUUCAAAUGAAAAUGAUCUAAAUGAUAAAUCAAAUUAUAUAUCAUAUGAAACAUUUUAUCAAUUAUCACCAACAAUUGUUCUUAUAACUGAUGAUUUAACAACAAAUUUUGAUGAUUUAUUUCCUCAAGAUAAAUCACAAUUAAUAAUUGAUGCUCGAAAAAUAUAUAUUAAAUAUUUUUCGAAAAAAAAUUCUCAUUCAUUAUUAUCUAUUCCGGGUUCAUAUCGAGCUUUUGGAAAUUUAUCUAAUUGGGAAAUUGAAAAUGGUACAAAACGUAUUGGAGUUGCCAUUGAACAAUUUCCACCAUUAAAUCUGGUAAAAUUUAUUUAUGAUUUAAAUUGUUUUUCACGUGGAAUUUUUUUUCUUGAUCAAUAUUCAUAUAAUUAUGAACAAAUAAAAACAUUUCGUCAUUGUUUAUUUCCAUUGAUAUUGACAAUAGUUAUAUUUAGUUUAUGUUUUAUUUUUACAAUGAUAGAACAUAAUCAUGAUAGUUUAACUACAGUAUUAAUCUAUCGUCAAGCCAGUUCUAUAACAGCAUCAACUAGUAUAAUAAUAUUAGCUUUAUUAUUUUUAAUAAGACCAGUAUUUGAAUUAAUUGAAUUUCUUUAUUUAACAUUAUUAAAAAGACAAAAUAUUCAUGAAAAUGUUAUAUCAAAAUUAACAUUUAUUCAAUGUUGGCUUCAAACAAAACAUUAUUUAGUAUGGUAUUCAUUAGCAUUUGCUUUAUUACAUAUGAUAUUUUUAAUUUUUUCUAAAAUUGAUGUUAAUUCAAAAUUAUUCAUGUAUGGUUUCUUUUUUGGUAUAUUUACUUUAAUGUUAUUAUUUAUUUUAUCUUAUGUUCAUUUUCCAUGGAUUAGUGAACGUCUUUCAUGGAAUGAAUAUCAUUUUUUAAUAUCUUAUCUUGGAUCAUUCUGUUUAUUAAUUGCUUUUAUUCAUGUUUUUCUUCAUUGGAAAAUUGAUUCAUAUUCAUUUAAUUUAAAAUUUCUUUCAAUGAUAUUAUUAUUUAAUGUAUUAGUAUUACGUGUUAUUAUUUAUGGAAUUAUACAUCCAAUUUUAAAAUUAAUUCAAUCUAUUAAAAACCGACCAUUACAAAAUUCAUCACUAUAA